AUGGCUGUCGGCUCAGUGUGGGCACGUCUGAGAGGCAAUGGCCAACCCAGUCUGGCCAGAUCAACAGCUCUAAGACUCUUUGGAUUCGCAACAUGGAUCCCAGUCAUCGCCAUGUUCAACCUGCACGUUGCAGAGCUGACCUUUGUUGACGGCGCAUCUAUGUAUCCGUUGAUUAACGACGACAAGGACUCGACUUUACGACGAGAUGUGAUUCUCAACUGGAAGUGGUCUCCUCAAGAGAAUCUAGAGCGUGGCAUGGUCGUGACAUUACGGAGUCCGCUACAUCCCGAGACAAUCGCAGUCAAGCGCGUAGUGGCACUGGAGAACGAUGUUAUCAAGACAAAAGCGCCUCAUCCUCUGCCGACAGUGAGAGUCCCGCAGGGGCACGUGUGGGUUGAGGGUGAUGGACCGCCUGGAUCGAGUCUGGAUAGCAAUACGUACGGACCCGUAUCUAAGCAGUUGAUUACAGGGCGGGUUACUCAUAUUGUGUUUCCUUUUCGCAAGUUUGGAGCUCUUCCAUGGAGGGAUCACCAGAGGCCAUUGAUGGAGUAG